CUCACUCCCAUCUGAAGGCAACUGGCAGUUCCUUGCAAUUAAGGUCUGGGCUCUGGAAUGACUCCAGGCCAACACUAGUCCAUAUCACACUUUGGGUGAGAUCCAGGCCCAGGAGGACAUGGUGCUAACUGCUACCUCACAGUACCCACUGGACAUAUGACCUAGCUCCCAGCAUGCCGCUGUCCCCUCACAACACCCACUGUGUGAUACCUGGGUCCUAGGCUGUAGACAUGUGCUUUCUGAUCACUUAGCCUCCCCACAGACAUAGCAUAACUCUCCUCAGGUGGGGGGCCUGCCUGGCGCCACAGCCAGUGAUGCAGUUCUGGUCACAGUCUCUGGCUGUGCCAAGGCCUGUGUAGAGCCCCACUGUGAGAGAAUGUCUACCCACUCCCAGGGUGGGUGCAAGAGUGGUGGCCAUCUUAUUUCUACCUCACACAUCGCCUGGGGCAUCAGAGAAGACAAAGGGAGGUGCAGGGUGGGGGCAGGAUAAACAAAGGUCAAAGUGCUUGGGGUAUCUGUGUGGGGAUUUUCCAACACAUGAUGGUAAGAGGGCUUGCAGUGAGACAAAACUAGGACAUACCUGGCCUACACAAGUGCCAAGCUCGUCAGGGUUGCAUAGUGAGGCCCUGUCCCUUAAAAACCCAGACUGAGGAGAGAGAUGGCUCAGUGGUCCUCUUGCAGAGGACCCAGGUUCAAUUCCCAGCACCCACAUGGUGGCCCACAACUGUCUGUAACUCCAGUUCCAGGGGACCCAACACCUUCUCCUGGUCUAGAAACACGUGGUAUACAAGCAAAACACUCAAAUCCAAAGAGAGAUGGCAGUCCUUUGGGGCCCAGCCUGGCCUGAGACUAUAAGUGAACAUGUGACCUGUAAGAAAACUGAUUCUGGGCUGGAGAGGUGGCUCAGCGGUUCAGAACACUACUGCUCUUCCAGAGGACCUGGGUCGUUCCCAGCAACCUCAUCAACCUCACCUGUAACUCCAGUUCCAGGGGAUCUGAUGCCCUCCUCUGGGCUCUGACGGUACUGCAUGCGUACAGUACACAGACCAUUCAGGCUCACACUGGUACAUAAAAAUCUUAAAAAGAAAAUUUAAAAAGGAAGCUCAGAUGAUGAGUGAGUGGAAAUGAGGGAAUGUGCACUUAUUUGACACCCCUGUAUACUGCCCCUUGGGCCUCCUGCCCAGUAAGUAACGAGAUCCUUCUGAGACAGCAGCCUGGUGUAAGUCAGAGCACAUGAGUAACGGCACUCGAGGACUCUGUCUGAUGUCUCACUGGGUGCUCAUUGCCUCCUCCCCAGCUGCUUGUGGUCCCUGGCAUCGCCAAGCCCCCACAUGUGAGGGCUGCUGCAUUGCGAGGAGGAGGCGGAGGAGGAAGAGGAGAAGGGGGAAGGAUGCCACAGCCAGUCGCCAGCUCCGGUCUGCACCAUGAGUGAUGAGCGGCGGCUGCCUGGCAGUGCGGUAGGCUGGCUGGCGUGUGGAGGCCUGUCGCUGCUGGCCAAUGCCUGGGGCAUCCUCAGUGUGGGUGCCAAGCAGAGGAAGUGGAAGCCUCUGGAGUUCUUGCUUUGCACGCUGGCGGCCACCCACAUGCUCAACGUGGCAGUGCCCAUUGCCACAUACGCAGUUGUGCAGCUGCGGAGGCAGCGUCCCGACUACGAGUGGAACGAGGGUCUCUGUAAGGUCUUCGUGUCCACCUUCUACACCCUCACUCUGGCCACCUGUUUCUCCGUCACGUCCAUCUCCUACCACCGCAUGUGGAUGGUCCGCUGGCCAGUCAACUACCGGCUGAGCAAUGCCAAGAAGCAAGCGGUACACACAGUCAUGGGCAUCUGGAUGGUGUCCUUCAUCCUGUCUGCCCUUCCUGCCGUUGGCUGGCACGACACCAGUGAGCGUUUCUACACCCACGGUUGCCGGUUCAUCGUGGCUGAGAUCGGCCUUGGCUUCGGCGUCUGCUUCUUGCUACUGGUGGGUGGCAGCGUGGCCAUGGGCGUGGUCUGCACAGCCAUUGCCCUCUUCCAGACACUGGCCACGCAGGUGGGGCACCGGGCUGACCGCCGUGCCUUCACUGUGCCCACCAUCGUGGUGGAGGACACACAGGGCAAGCGUCGCUCCUCCAUUGACGGCUCGGAGCCUGCCAAAACCUCGCUGCAGAUCACAGGCCUGGUGGCCACCAUCGUGGUCAUCUAUGACUGCCUCAUGGGCUUCCCUGUGCUGGUGGUGAGCUUCAGUAGCCUGCGGGCUGAUGCCUCCGCGCCCUGGAUGGUGCUCUGUGUCCUGUGGUGUUCUGUGGCCCAGGCCCUGCUGCUGCCAGUGUUCCUCUGGACCUGUGACCGAUACCGAGCAGACCUCAAGGCAGUCUGGGAGAAGUGCAUGGCCCUUAUGGCCAAUGACGAGGACUCUGACAAUGAGACCAGCCUAGAUGGCAGCAUCUCCCCCGACCUGGUACUGGAGCGCUCCCUUGACUACAGCUAUGGAGGUGACUUCGUGGCCCUGGACAGGAUGGCCAAGUAUGAGCUUUCUGCCCUAGAGGGAGGCUUACCCCAGCUCUACCCUCUGCGACCACUGCAGGAGGAUCGGAUGCAGUAUCUGCAGGGCGCGGGGAGGCAUCGGUGCGGGUUUCCAGGAGGGCAGCCCCGUUUCAGCCCGGCCGGGUGCUCGCAGGUCCCGCCCACACGGCGGUUCUCCCACGACGACACCGGCCUGAGCGCGUCGUGGGGCGAGCCCGGAGGCUUGCACGCGGCGGGCGGCGGCAGCACCAGCAGCUUUCUGAGCUCGCCUUCCGGGUCCUCGGGCUAUGUCACGCUGCACUCGGACUCGCUGGGCUCUGCGUCCUAGGGCCGGCCCUCCGGGUCCUUCCCAGAGACGCCAUACAGAUGGGACAGGCACAGCACCAAAGAUGCCACCGCGUGUGUUAGGCGCGUGGACAAGUGCCACCCGCCCUAGGGGUGGAUGGAUGGUGGACUCUGCGCCCCUCUUAUGGUUCCUUCCUUCUGACAUCACCUGGAGGGGCAAUGGCUGCACAGGACACCGACCUGCUGCUGGGGACGGCAUCUCCCAGGAAGGGACAGGCUGUGCCUUUGUAGUGAGUGGCACCUGCACGUUUAGUACAUCUCCCCCAGCCCUCUGAGGCUAAGCUGGGGUGUACAGGGGACCCUGAGAUCCGACCACCAUGAGAAAGGACAAAAGUCCCUUCUCGGAAAAGCUUAGGCCAGAAGCUACUGGACAGCACUCGUCUUUACUCGCACGGCACCUGCCUCAGCUCUAGGGUGUGGCGUGUAGAGCGCCUGUAAGCACAGAGGGCUUCAGAACCCAAACAAGGUCUACUGAGCAGGCUACCCUGUGACCUGCCUCAGUUUCCCUGUCUCUGAUGAGUGGAUGAUCAUGACACAUCUCUCAGGGCUGUUUGAAGACAACCCCCCACCCCCGUCCUGGAAUGGACCAGGUGUGAGAGGUAGCCUAGGGCUCUUUGUGAGGGUCAGCCUUCAACACAUGACCCCCAGAUCUGAGGCCUCCCCGUCUCAAUGACCCUUGCCCUCUUGGAGACUCACCUCAGCUAAAGCACAACACCAUGGGUAUAACAGCCACCUUGACCCCCACUGGUGUCCCCAUGCUGGAGACUCCACCACAUUGCCUGUCUCCUGCUAUGUCGGCCACCUCUGUGGUCCUGCCGUGGAGGCUGUGGGUACCUGGUGCGGGGAGCUAAAGCAAUGGAAGCGGACUCCGCUGUCUCAGUGCCCAUCUCCAGCUUUGCCUCUCACCCACACAGACAAAGCCCUGCACCCCUCCUUCACUGCAAAGGAGGGCUUGGCUGUCUCCUGGGCAGACCUCUCUCUGGGCUUGGGCUGCACCAGGGACAUAGCUCUUCCCAGGAGAUACCCAGGCUGGGGGUGGGUACCGCUGCCAGGGUACGGCAGAGCCGCUGUGUUGGGACCUGGAGAUGGUCUCGAGGCCAGCACAGAGCCCCGGUCUCCUUGCCCAAUGGCCAGGCCCAUCUCCUCUCCCUCUCCAGACAGAGUUCCAAGUCCAGCUGGGUGUGGGGUGGGUGGCUGCUCUAUCCUAGGCCUCAGAGGUCCCUGAAGUGCCUGGCUGUGGGGUAAGUGAACGAUGAACCACCCCAGAUGAGUGAAGCAGGGGACUGCAGGCCGUCCAUCUUUGGACACGGGAGCAGCUUCCUCUGGCUCUCCGCUGCUGUGCCUUCAGGGACUGAUGUCAUGCUAUCCACUGUCUCCCUCACUAGCCUCAAAUCGUCAGUUUAUCACCUUGGGUUUUCACAGUUUUGUAUUCAAUGGCAAUACUUGUGAUGGACACAUAGUCCUCUUAAGUCACUCCUACUUUUUACAGAACUUUAAGGGCAAACCCCAAGCACAGGACCCUAGACGCCUAGGACUCUUUCCCACUGCUGGUUCAGGCUCCCUGUUUGCUGAUGCUUGCAAGGACCUUGGCCUUGGGUUACUGGUAAGAGCGCUACCCACAUAACACCGCCCAGCCCAGAGUCAGGGAUUCGUUUGUAGACUUUUGAAAAACAGCAUUUCUCUUCUGUACAGGACCCAAUAAAAAAACUUCCUCAUGGUUUGCACACA